UAAAAAAAUAUUCAUAAUUUCUUUCAAACAUUUAAAAUGCGCUUUAUUUUCACAUCAACGAGAUCCUCAGCACGCCUACUCACAGUUCCUUACACAUAUAUUUUCUUAUUCCAAUUUUUUUUAUUUUGUAUUUUGUUAAAUUUGUAUUGGAGAGAAAUGAAAAAAGAUUUUUCUUAUUUCUGUUUAAAAUGAAAACAUUAGCAUCUUAAUUCUAAAUAAAACAAGACGUUCUUUCCAAUUAGUAAUCAAUUUAUUUUCGUUUGCCGGUCGCGCUGCAAGAAGUGUGUGAAGAGAAAAUUUUAUUUUUAUUUUCUUAUUUUUUUAUUAUUUGAAUUUUCUUCAAUUUUUGUUGAUUGCGUCCGUGUUAGAGUUGAGAAGAUUAAAUGUGUGAUUAUUAUUUGUGGAUUGAAAGAAAAUUGUGAUUAAAAAUUUACAUUUUUGCAAUUAUUAAGACAAAUAAAGAAAAAGUGAAAACUGGUGGAAAUUGAAAAAAAAAAACUUUAAAACAAAUUUAAAAUAAAAAAAAUAAAACUUACAAGAAAAACUUUAUUAAAAAAAUUGAAAAUUAAAAAAAAAGGAUUUAAAAUACUAAAAGUGAAGUCUAGUGGAAAAAAUUAAAUUUAAAAAUUAAAUCCUCGAAAUAAAAUUAACUCAUCAUAAAAAUUAAAUAAAAAAUCCAUCAAUUAAUCAAAUUAAAAAUUAUUCAUCCAGUGAUUUUUAUCAUCAAGCAAAUGCUGAUGAUGAUGGCAAACUAGCAGCAACAAUCUGACGUCUCAAUGUGAUAAUUUCGCAUCUAUUUUAAUUAAUGAUUCAAUCAAUCAAUUAAGUACUUUAUUAUAACAUCGCCCGUCAUUACGCGCGCUUGACAACUUUAUAAGAAAAAAAAUCACGCAAUAAAAAAAGUUGAAAAUGAAUUUCCAAUUUGUGCCAUUAAUGAGCGUCUCAUCACCGUCACCAAUUUGCGUAAAGAAAGGAAAUUACUCAUCAUAUAAUGCAUGUAAUGAUAUGAACAAUGGAAUUUUAACGCCAACAACACCUUCAUCCGCAAUGUCAUCAAAAUUAAUUACGACAGUCGAGAGUUCAUCGUCACCGUUCUAUGUCCCACCUCCAUUUCAGCCAUUUUCAUACUCACAUUCACCGCCAGCAAAUAAUUAUUAUCAUCAAGUAUCGCCAAUUGAAUUUUCACCAUCCGAUAAGCCCACACAAUUAUUAUACAAUUACAAUGAUUGUAAUGUCGAUGAAUGCGGUGGAUAUUACGAUAAUUAUUCAAAUUCCGUGAUUGAUACACCCGAUUCCAUUAUAUUUGAUGAUGAUAAAGGAAAUCAGUUUAAUGAAUAUGAUGAUACAUAUUUUCGAUUUGAUGCCGAAACAAUUGAGAGAUUUUCAUCGACAAUUACGGAUGUUCCAUCGCCAUCUGAUAUUUUGAAUUUGGAUACAGACUAUGUAAAUUUUAAUGAGGAUAAUUGUAAUUCAAAAAAUCAAUCGCCAUGCUCCUCACCACUGGAUCCAUGGAUUGUUUCAAAUGCAAUGAUUGAAGCAUCAAAAUCACCAAAAAUUAACAACAAUGUUCAACAACUUCCAUCAAUAAAUCAAGCAUUUUCGCACCAUUUUCAAGGUAAUGGUGUCUGUGAAGGAUAUGAGACACAUUCGGGAUAUGAAAACAGUUCAGGAUAUGAGAAUCAUAAUAAUAUCCUCGAUUCAUUCGAUUCAUCGUUUUUUGAUGACUUUACUGUAUCGAAUAUCAAGUCAGAGGAGUCGUAUGUAAAUCCAAUUAACUUCAAUUUUAUUACAUUAACUGAUGACAAGCCAAAUCGUGAAUUUAAAAUCAUUUUUGAAGACAACGAGGAAUCAAUACAACAGCAUCAAGAAUAUUUACAUGAUUUUGAUGAAGAAAAAUUAACAAAUUACUCAGAAGUUCCACAAAGAAAGCCAAAAAGACAGAAGAAGCAGCAAAAACCAAAAGAAAUUGUAAUUGAGGAGCUUCCACCACCGCCAGAACAAUCAGAAUUGCCACAACAACUCAUUUGCUUCUGGGCUGAUUGUUAUCAAGAAUUCAAAACACAAUCGGCACUUGUGAGUCAUAUUGAGAAGUAUCAUGUCUGUGUGAUAAAGGGUGAAGAAUACACGUGUCUUUGGACGGAAUGCCCGAGGCAAUACAGGUCAUUUAAUGCAAGAUACAAAUUACUGAUUCACAUGAGAGUUCAUUCUGGGGAAAAACCAAAUAAGUGUCCGUUCCCAGGAUGUCCAAAGGCAUUUUCACGAUUGGAAAAUUUGAAGAUUCAUCAGCGUUCGCAUACUGGCGAGCGUCCCUAUUGCUGUACCUUCCAAAAUUGCACAAAAGCCUUCUCAAACAGCUCUGAUCGUGCAAAGCAUCAACGUACACACUUUGAUACGCGUCCAUAUGCAUGUCAAUUACCUGGUUGUACAAAACGUUAUACGGAUCCAUCGUCACUACGUAAACAUGUUAAGAAUCAUGACUUUAAGGGAAGAAGAAAGUCACAAAAUAAGGAAGCGAAGCAACAAAAUAAAUCACAUCGAAAAAUAUCCGAAUCAUCGUCAACAUGUGCGACACCAUUGACACCAAUAACGCCACACAAUAAACAACAGAAAUUUGAUUUCGACGAUGUAUUUGAGGGAGCGUCUUCGACAUCAACACAGCACUGCAAAAUUACAACAGCAGAAACAUCGAUGAACUUUGAAGAAAUGUCAAAUUGCCUGAUUACCCUAAUGGAUCAUUCAACCAUAAACGGCGAUAAUGUUGUUGUGACUAAUGGCAAUAGUAGUCUUGAAAAUAUCGGAAAUGGUUAUAAGCCGUGCGAUAAUAAUUAUGAUAGUGCGAUAAAUUAUAAUGAGCAGGAGUCGUUGAAUAUUUCACAAUAUUUUACAUGAAAAGUAUUUUGUAGCAUUUUAUGUACGCCUACUUUUUUUAUGAGGUGAAUGCGGUGAGGUUGGGUGGCUAGAUGGGCUGCAAUCAACAAACUUUGAAGCUACUAUUUUCCUGAAAUUUAAAAAAAUUCUUAUUUUUGAGAUUUAAACUUAUACUUUAAGACACAGUGCCUGAAUCCAAAUCAGCCUAUAGCCAUCCACAUAACAUUCACACAUAAGAAACAAGCUGAGAGAAAAAAAAAGGCAAGCAGGAGAAAAAAAUAUAUUUUUAUGGAACCCAAGGCAUAGUUAAGAUUAGCAUUAAACUGCUUUAUGGCCUCAGCCAUUAAAACGACAGUUUAGAUAGAAACCAUUUAUGAUGCAUGGUUAAGGUUUUUUGAAAUAUUGCCGUACCACACUUACUUGUGCUUGUAUAUUUGUGUAAGCUUCGGAGGUUAUAUAAAAGACGUCAGUAUGGUGUGGGGGAUGAGAAAAUUUUGAAGCAAGUAAUUCUGUAUGUGUGCCAUGAUUACCAGAAAAUUUAAUUAUUAAAAGAACAACAUAGAAUAGGAUACAGCACAUUGAUGCAUAUGGAUGUAUGAAAAUAGCUCCUGAGGCGCCUUUUAUCAUUAGCUACAUGCUGUUCAUUCGAUAAACAAGGCUUCUUGAUAUUACAUUACUUACUUACCACAAAAUUCUCUCUCAUUCUUUGGAUAGACGAUGAAGACGAAGAGAAAUUCAAUAUCACGAAAAUGUUGCAGAUAUAAAAAAAAAUUUAAACUUUAUAAAAAUUUAAUUCCUACAUGGGAACAUGUAACAUUCUUGUGAUUUUGUGAUGAGCUUUAUUGUGAAACUUAAUCGUGUAAAUAGGGAAAGACUUUAGAUUGAUAGAUAAUCGUAGACUUUAUUCUUGUUAGAAAUUUAAUUUUUUUGUGUGUUUAUUAAUUUUGAAUGAUGUGAGACGGAUUUUGAGACUUGUGAAGUUUCUGAUGUAGAAAUUUAUGGAUUUUGGGAAAUUUACUCCUUAGCUGCACAUGCUGUGACACUGAAUUUUAGUUUACUUAGGAUCACUAAAAUUACCAAGGAGUAUAGACUAGUGGCAAAGCCUAUAAGUUGGGUUUAAUAAUGCUCUAAAGCAGCUGAUCAUCAAAAUUGUCUCAUUUUAAGCGAUGUGUCGCUAAGGCUCGAAACUAUAGAAACGCAAAAUUCAAAAACUCUGCAUUUUCCACAUCAUUCAAUUUAAAAUUGUAUCAACAAAACUUUAUGGCUUCCAUUAGAAAAUUUUUGUACUAAACUAAUUAGUGUUAAACAAUUUUAUAAAAAAUAUUAGAAUUAAAAUAUGAAAUGUAUCAAAAAUGAAGUUUUAAUUAGUUUUAUGCAAUUAAUUUGUAGAAAAUUCUCGUUGAAAAUGAAUCUCAUCAUGCUUUAGUGAUCUCGAAUAUAUAUUUUUUGAAUAAACAUUUUUUUUGAAAUUGAUGAUUAUAGAAAUUUAUGUGUACAUAGUUGAGUAGUUUGUAAUGAAAAUUGAUGAGUUUGAUGCAAAAUUGCAACAGUUUUCUGGAAGUUGAAGGAAAUUCUUCGUCAGCUGAAUAUUUUUUGAGGUUAGAAUGCUUCAUUCUUAGUUCAAAUUAAGCUUAAAAUUUAGUAAACAAAUUUCCCAAAACUGCAAUUGUGCAUCCAUUAAGCUCAGAUUUUACAAAAAUUAAUCAAUCGUAGGGGUCGUUUACAAAUAACGUACAACAUUUUUCAACUGAAGAAAAAUUUAAAAUAAAUCCCAAUCAUCAAUAGACGUCACUUGUGAACGCCCCAGUAGCUCAUAAGCGUAAAAAUUAAAUUCCAAAGUGAUAAUAAUUAAAUCGAGACUUCAUGAAGCACAAAAAUUCAGUGAAAAUUAUUCAGAUCUCAUUUUGGUCUCAUUAAUGUACCAAUAAAUUCUUUUGUGAUUUUGCUGCUAUGGCAAAAAUUUUACUAACGAUGAAAAAAUUUCAAAAAAAAAUCUUUCAAGCUUGUUGAUCCCAAAAAAAAGACAUGAAAAAUUAUUUGCCCUAAAACCUCAGAAACUUCAUGAACAAAUAAACAUGAAACUGUUAAAUUAUGACAUGCAGCAGUAAAUUGACCAUAUUUGGUCAAUAAAAAAAGUUUCCCAUUUUUCCCAUUACGACAAACUUUUUUCAUUUCUCAAACUUAACUCAACCGAAAAUAGAUUUUAAAUUAAAUUUAAUGUCACAAAACUGCAAUUUUCUAUUACAUAGCAACAAGAUUAAGUCUUCCUCAUCACAAUGAUCAUCAUUCUCAACCAUGAUGCUUUUCAUUGGAUGAAAAAUGUAGAACAAAAGUUGAAAAAAAUUGUCUGUGAAAUGAGGAAGGAAACUUUUCUUCUAUGAAACAUGUAAUGUAAUAAUUUUCUUGCUUCUUCUGCAUCUCUGAUCUCAUUCUCUCGUUUUUCUGAUGUUUUAGUUUAUUACUGAUACUUUAUAGCUGGAAGAAAAAGAAGGAAUGGAUGAAGGGAGUGGGGUUGGAUGAGAAACUUUGAAAUUGAGAUAUUUUGGGAUUUGAUGGACAUCAGAAUUGAUGUACUAGACAUGUUAUGGUCGUUGGUUACGCUAAUUGUACUCAGUUCAAUAUCUUAGCUUUAAGGAUUCAUACUUUUCCUUCCUACGUCUCAUCUUUUAUAAAAUAUAUUGCUUAAAGGCGGUGGCUCUUAAUCUGUGUCCUAAAACACACAAGUGUAGGAGUGUGGAUGGUUUAGAAGUCAAACCUCUGCCUCAGAAGAUUUUUUAAAACCUAUCCCACCCUUAAAUCAAACCUUAUUCCUAAAGAAACUCAAACAACCACAAGACUUGUUCAUCCCCCAAAGUUACCCAUCCUCAUAAGAACUUUUCACUUUUUUUCCCUUGUGAAUCUCUUCCUUCACCUCUAUAAACAUAGUUUAUGUCUUUCAUUUUCUUUUCUUCCUUGCCUUGUACAGAAUUUUUUGUUCCUGUACACUUUACGUUUUUUUAAAGUAAAUACAAACGAGGAUUCUUUAAGAAAUACAGCAAGAAAAAGUGUGAGGAUUUUUUUUAUGGGGAAGUAGAACGAAGGCAAAGUUAUGUUUAUAUCUUUUCGUACUUAAGCAUAAGACGUUAAUUUAUGUUCAACUCCAAAGGAGAUUACAAGCAAUGAAUGCCAAUAAACUCUAGGCCAAAGAAUGUAAUAACUUUAAGUAAUAUUAAGUUUGUUUAUAAGAUAAAAG